GAAAUCAUCUCGGCAUUCGCUCGUAGUAGAUAAAGCGAGACUAUACCCCCCAUCCUUCGUAUCUAAAGCAAACACCCAAGCUUUCUUGUUAUACCCUUCGCCCUUAAAGCUUAUACGAAAACUCCCACCUUCCUCCCCCCCUUUUUUUUUCAUAAGACAAAAUAGUCACCUACUCAUACCGCCCUCUCCACCCCCAUCAAAACAAUGACACGAGUACUCCUGACCGGCGGAUCUGGCUUCAUCGCCUCGCACAUCCUAGAAAGCCUGCUCGACCACGGCUACUCCGUCGUGGCCACCGUCCGCUCCGCGCAGAAGGGGCAGCAGAUCCUCGAUGCCCACAAACACCUCGGCAAGGAGAAGCUCGACUUUGUCAUCGUGGAGGAUGUUCGGAAGCCCGAAGCCUUCGACACAGCCGUCCUCUCCUCCCCCCCCUUCACCGCGGCAAUCCACUGCGCAAGCCCGUACCACUUCAACGCGACCACGCGCUCCGAAAUCCACGACCUCAUCGCCGCCGCCGUCGACGGAACCACCAACCUCCUGCGCGCGAUCCAAGCCCACGCCCCCACCAUAAAGCGCGUCGUCAUGACCAGCUCAUACGCCGCCAUGGUCGACUACAGCAAGCCCAUCACGCGCGCGUGGACGGAGGCGGACUGGAACCCGAUCACGGAGGCGCAGGCGUACACGAGCCCGCAGUCGGCGUACCUCGCCAGCAAGACGUUUGCCGAGCGGGCCGCGUGGGACUUCGUCGCGCGCCAGAAGCCCGGGUUCGCGCUGACGACGAUGAACCCGGCCAUGGUCUACGGGCCCGUGCUGCGGCCCCCGCCCUCCCUCUCCGCCAUCAACACGAGCAACGCGCGCUUCGCCGCCCUCCUCCUCGGCGGCCCCGGCACGCCGUGCCCGCCGACGGUGAACUACCUCUUCGUCGACGUGCGGGACCUCGCGCUCGCGCACGUGCUGGCCCUGCGGAAGCCCGUCGGCGGCCACCGGUUCCUGGUGACGGCGGGGAACUACUGCAACGCGGACAUCGCGCGCGUCAUCGGCGAGGAGUUCCCCGAGUUCAGGGCCAGGAUGCCGACGGGCGAGGCGCUGAGGAGCGGGGAGGCGCCGGAGGAUGGGGGGGUCAACGGGUUCGACAAUUCGAAGAGCGUGGAGGUGCUGGGGAUGAGGUAUAGGGGGUUCAGGGAGGCGGUGGUGGGGGUGGUGGAGAGUGUGAGGGGGCUGUUGUAACUUGUGAGUACCUAGGUUAGGUAUCUGGGGUACGAGGUUGGAAGUUGGAUCGUUGGUAGUGCGCCGGGUAGGUAGUUAGUUAGUUAGUCAAUAGUGGCCCAAUUUCAAUACCUACUUCACCGCAGAAUCCCGUGCAAAAAUAAUACCUAACAAGGACUCCCAUCUUGUGAUUUCGCCAACCUGAACUCUUCUCUUCCAAAGAGGUGUAUUAGGUAGUAGCUGCCAGUGCUCGCCAAGUGCAAGUGACACUGCAAAAUACCUAGGUACUCAGUCCGACCUCAACUCCGUCACAGAAAAUGCCGACAAAUCCCCAUCGACCCAAUUGAAAAAAAAAAAAUCUGAAUAUAAUCUACCUUGCUCUCUACAACAUUACACCUUUUGAAAACCUUGAAACGAGAUCUAUCCGUUAUGCAGAACCGUGCAAGUGAAGUUGACCGGUUUUCAGUGCAAAUUGCAAAUUGGGGGAAUAAAUAUUAAGGGGGGGGGGGG